AAUUUAUAUGCCCCCGAAAAGUAGAAGGUCAGAGCUAAAUCCAAAUCUACUCAAGGUAAAAGUGAUAAUCUAAUAGCCAAGGAAGAAGGGAAUACUGCUUUCCUCAACAGGUAAUACCCUAAAGCAAUUAGUCUAUAUUCUAAAGCUUUAUGUAUACAGAUUAUAUAAAUAAUUAUUAGAGUUGGAAGAGAACCCUAUUUCCUACAACAAUCGUUCCCAAGCUUACUUAUAUACCGGCGAACUAGAAUUGGCUUUGUAGGAUUGUAAUAAGGCAUUGCAAAUGAAUCCUAACUAUGUUAAAGCGACCACUAAUAAGGCAUAAGUGUUAUAUGAAAUGGGCUAUCUUCAAGUAUACCUCCAAACUUAUUCUUAGUAAGCAAUUGAAUGCUUGGAAAGUAUAAAUAAUCACACUCCAGAAAGUGAAUUAUUACUCAACUAAUAUUAUUAACAAUCCCACAAAGUAAAACUGAUAUCACAUCAAGACUUUAUUAGAUUAAGCAGAAUAAGAUCGUUAGAAGAGACUGUUAGAAUGGUUGAAAAUAGGAAAAGCCAUAUUCCCAAAAAUCAAAAUUGAAUGUUACUCAGAGGAUUAUCGCGGUGUUAAUGCAAAACAAACAAUAAAUGCCAAAGAGUUGAUUCUUUUCAUUCCAAAAUCUCAUAUGAUCACUUUGGAAAUGGCCAAAGAAACCACUGUAGCUAAAAAAAUGAUGCAAUUCAGACUAGAUUUACUCUCACCAAAACAUUCGUUUCUUUCCACCUUUUUGUUGCAAGAGAAAUUCAGGCCCAAUUCUUUCUGGAAGCCAUACAUAGACAUCUUACCAUCAUCCUACCCCUCCUUUCCCAUCUUCUUUAACAAUAGUGAUUUAGAAUGGCUCAAAGGUUCUCCAUUUUUAAGUACCUAUUUAUCCUAUAUAAACAGAGUAAAUCAAAGAUAAACUAGCUGAUCUUUAAAAAGACUACAAUGAUAUAUGCAAUGCUGUACCUGAAUUCACCUAGUAUUAAUUCCAUGAAUUCUGCUGGGCGAGAAUGACAGCCAGCAGCAGAAUCUUUGGCAUAAAUAUAAAUGGAGUUAAAACAGAUGCCUUUGUACCAUUAGCAGAUAUGCUCAAUCAUAAAAGACCAAAAUUAACAUCCUGGUGUUAUUCAGAUGAAAAACAAGGGUUUAUUAUAGAAACUGAUGAAAAAAUUGAAAGAGGACAAAUGAUAUUUGACAGUUAUGGUAGGAAAUGCAAUUCAAGAUUUUUUUUGAAUUAUGGCUUUGUUGUCGAAGGAAACGAUGCAAAUGAAGUUAAUCUUACUGUUGAGGCAGAUUAAAAUGAUCCACUCUUAUAAUUAAAGGAGUAAGCUAUUAAAGAAUCCUUAUAAUGGCCUAAAAACUUCAAAUUGCUAAUGGAUACUGAUGGUAAUUUAUUUGAAAAUACAAUAUUCUAGAAACUGCAGUUAUGGAUUUCAUGAGUCAUAUCAGAAUUUUAGUGAUUCGAGAUGAGGCUCAACUUAAAUUAUUAUUAAACUAAAGAAACUCCUAAAAUUUCAAAUCUACCAAAACACAACCAUUAGGAAUUUACAAUGAAUUAGAAAUGUGGAAAAUGGUUGGACGAAUUUGCAAAAAGACUAUAAAAUAAUAUCCAACCACAUUUGAAGUAAGCUUAAUAAUAUCAUGAUUUAGCAAGACCAAGAAAUCCUAUCGAUUUGUGAGUUGACUACAAAUUAGAGGAACUGCUUGAUUCUCAGAAUGGGAGAAAAAGAAAUAUUGAAAUUCUAUUUUCAGUUCAGUGAAAAAAUGAAAGAACUCCUAAGUAAUUUUAAUUAAUAAGUAUUCUAUUCAUCAUUACAAAAUAGGAAAUCAAUAUUUUCAUCUCAAAAGAAGAAAACUCCAAAUACUUAAACUACAUUAAUAAAGUUAUAAUGCUUUAAAAUUAGAAUUAUUAAUGA